ACAAUCAACGAACCAACCAACAUCGAAGCAACCGAGCAAUCAACGAACCUAUCAACCAACCAACCAAACAAGGAACCAACCAACCAACCAACCAACCAACCAACCAACCAACCAACCAAACAACCAAACAGCCAACCAACCAACCAACCAAUCAUCCAAAUAACCAACCAACCAAACAAACAACCAACCAAUCAAACAACGAACUCACUAAAGAAACAAUCAAUCAACGAUGCAACCACACCCACAAGCAACCACCAAACCAACCAAUUAUUAGGCCAAACAACCAACGGUUCAAAGAAACACCCAACCAACCAAACAUCCAACCAGCCAACUAAUGAACCAACGAACCAACCAACCAACCAACCACACCAACAGCCAAAUAAACAACCAUCCAAGAAGCCAACCAACCAACCAAUCAACCAACCAAAAAAACAACCAACCAUUCCACGAGACAAACAGCCAAAAUCAACCACCCAAUCAACUAACCAAAGAACCGGCAAACCAAAUAUCAAAGAAACAACGAACCAAGCAACCAACCAACCAAACAAACAAACAACCAACCAACCAAACAAACAACCCACCAACCUACGAAUCGACCAACCAAACAAGCAACGAACGAAUCAACCAACCAAUCAAACAAACAACCAAGUAAUCAAACAACCAACCAGCCAACGAACCAACCAACCAACCAACCAACCAACCAACCAACCAACCAACCAACCAACCAACCAACCAACCAGCCAACCAACCAACCAACCAACCAACCAACCAAACAACCAACCAACCAACGAACCAGCAAACCAUCCAACCAACGAAACAAAAACUCAACCAAAAAAACAAACAACCAAUCAACCAAUCAUGCAGCCAAUCAAACAAAGAAUCAACCAACCAAAUAAACAACCAACCAACCAACCAAGGAAUCAACCAAACAACCAACCCAUCAAACAAGAAAUCGAACAACCAACCAACCAACCAACCAACCAUCCAGACAACCAACCAACAUAUAAACCAAACAACGAACCAACCAACCAACCAAACAAUCAGCCAAUCAACCAACGAAUCAUGCAACCAAAGAAACAGCCAUCCAACAAAUCACACAACCAAACAACGAAUGAACCAACCAACCAACCACUCACUCAACCAUCCAACCAACCAACCAUCCAGCCACAUAACGAACGGAUCAACCAACAAACCAAUCAACCAACCAACUAA